AUGCUGCCGGUGGCUGCAGUAGCAGCCACCAGCAGCCGCCCACCGGCAGCAUCGCUCCGCCCCGCGGGCCUCGCCGUUGCGCCUCAGCUCGCCCACAGAGGGCGCCCUGUCCGCCUUGCCUCGCCUCAGCUCAUCCUUCCGUUGCCGCCUCGCCUCAGCCGCCUCAGCACGGCGGGGAUGGCAUCGGAGGACGAGGCGGAGCUGAGCCUGCUGGAAUGUCGGGUGUGCUUCGAGCGGUACGGCCCCGGCGGGCAGCGGAGGCCGCGGAACCUGCCCUGCGGGCAUGUCCUGUGCCAGGGCUGCGUGUGGGCUUUGGGAGGCGCCGAGAGCCGGCGGUUGGAGUGCCCCUUCUGCCGGCGGGCCUGCGGCUCCUCCGAGACCAGCGACUGCCUGCCGCUGCUGCAGCUGUUGGAGGUCCUGGGCCCCGAGUGCAGCAGCAUCUCCUUCGCCUUGGGGAGGAGUGCUGGAAGGGCGGCCGGGCCGGCUCCCGCGGGCCUCGGGCUGCGGCAGACCCUGGGGGGCUGGGGGUCACUGGUCAACCCCACGGGGCUGGCGGCCUGCCGGAGGUCGGGGCGCCUGGCAGUGGCGCACGACGGCAAGAAGAGAAUCCACGUCUUGAGCCCGAGCGGAUCCUGUCUGCAGCGGUUUGGGGAGCGGGGGGUUGCGGACAACGAUAUCAAGUACCCGCUCGAUGUGACGAUCACGUCGGACGGGCACGUGGUGGUCACCGAUGGUGGGGACCACUCUGUGAAGGCCUUUGAUUUUGACGGAAGGGGCGUCCUGGCUGUUCGGGAAGGUUUCUCGUUGCCCUGGGGUUUGGAUGCCACCCCUGAGAGUGAAGUAAUCCUGACCGACUCGGAGGCAGGUGCUCUCUACCGCUUGACGGCUGACUUCAAGAAGGGGAAAUUAAAGAAGUGUCAGAUGAUCCUGUCUCAGCUGAUCAGUCCAAGAGGGGUUGCAGUCUCCCAGACCUCAGGUGCUGUGGUGGUAAUAGAGCACCUGAAAGCUCGAGGACUGGACAACAACAGCACCCGAGUGAAGAUACUCAGUGCAGAGAUGGAUCUCAUUGGCCAAAUGGAUAACUUUGGUCUGAGCCUUGUUUUCCCCUCCAGAAUAUAUGCUACAGCAGUGGCAUUUGACAAGGAGGAUCGUAUUAUAGUAACGGAUGUCUGUAGCCAGGCCAUAAUAUGCUUAGGGAAACCUGAGGAGUUUCCCAUCUUUAACCCUCUAAUUAGCCAUGGGCUUUCUUAUCCCAUGGGACUGACUUACAUGGCAAACAAUUCCCUCAUUGUUUUAGACAGUGGGGAUCAUUCAGUAAAAAUAUAUAGCUCCACUUGAAUGGGUUUAGAUGCAUGCUGCUACAUGUUCAAGCUGCUUUUGACCAUAAAGCAAAGUUCUGAAGGUAGUAAGUGUGUAGGGAGGAGGCAUUUUCUGGUCUUGAAGUAAAAGUGUCAUCUUCGACCAACGCAUGCUUCCUGCAGAACUUAUGUUGGAAUCCCUCGCCUGUCUGGGGGAGAAAACUUGGCCAUUGCAGGCUGUAGUCAACAGUGAAUCAAUCAAACUAAUUAUCUGGCAUUUAAAAACUAUUCCAUACCUUGACAACCAAAUGGGUUUGGUACUUUUUGACAAGUAAUAACAGUGACAAUUGGAAUGGAACAAUCAAAGACCAGAGCCUAGGAAAGCAAGUGAUGCAUCAUUUGUUUAUGUUUCCAGCAGGUAGUUUUCAUUAUUAUUAAGCACAGAUACACUCAUGAGAGGGACAGAGUUUCUGUUUCUGGGAUUUCUGCAUGAGGAAGGAGACUGGUUUGACAAAAUGAUAGGAGAAAUGGAAACUUCAGUUCAACACCACCUGAAUCCAGCUAAGAUCAUUGCAAUGGAGGAGCUGCCACUGAUGAGUUGUAUGAAGUAAAUUGGUGCUCAAAGCCUAUUUUCUCUAUACCAAGGAAACACAAUUCUGGGAGCACUCUUCUCUCUACUAGUUUAUUUCCAGCUUUAUUAGGGUUGUACUGUAGCACUUGAUCUUCCUGUAUAAUACACAAGUCUGUGCCUUUAUCUAGAGAGAAAUUUGGU